AUGGAAACUAAUCAAUUUAAUGAAUCAGAAUUCAAAAAAUUUAUAUAAUAAGUAAAAUUCGAAUUAUAAUCAUUAUGCCAAGGCGUUGAUAUACAAAAAAAUACUGAAAAAAUAAUUGAAUAUUAUAUAUCAGCCCCAAAUCGUUUGACAAAAUUAUUAUGUUAUUCUUUAUUAAAAAGUCUCCCAAACAUAGAUUUAUAAUAAAUAUUUUCCUCAAUAUCAUAAGAUUUAAUAAGUAAAGAUAACGAAAUAUAAUUAAAUACUAUGAAACUGAUGUAUAUGAUGGGCCAUUAAUAAGCUUUAGAAAUAUUAAAAAAUAAUGAAAAAUAAUUUUUCGAAAUAUUAAAAAAUAGCGAAUUUCAUUUCGAAAGAAUCGCAAUAUUGCACAGUUUUUUAAUAAAAGCUUAUAUAAAAAACUUUUCAUCAGAAGAUAAUUGUAUAGAAUAAAUACAUUAAAUAUAUAUAGCUAUUGCCGAAUAAAUAUUUGAAGUAAACCGUGAUAUAACAAGAAACUCAAUUGAAGUAUUUUUAUAUAUAAAUAGUAAAAUAAAAUCAUUAUUUUAUUUUUAAUAAAAAAAAGUUACUAAUUAUUUAAUGCAAAGAAUAGAAAGUUUAAUAAAUAAAGUAAUAGGCUACGAAAUUCGCCUUCGAUCGCAUUUAAUAAAACUUCCAGUUUUUUUAAUUGAAAUAAUCGUCUCAUUUUCCAAAACAUACUCUCAUUAUACAUACACUAAUAGUUAUUUUAAUAUAACAGAGGAAGAUUUAAUUAUAAAAAACAAAUAUGAACAAAAUAUAUCCUUAAAUUCUAUUUAUACAUAGCUUUUGGAAAAAAAUCUUCUAGAAGAUUUAUUAAAAAGUACUUUUGAAUAAGAUGUAUUAAUUAAUUCUUACACUAGUUUUUUCCGUUUAUUAUUCUUAGGCGAAAAAUUAUUCCUUUCAUAUCAUAAAAGAUGUAAUUUAAUAUGGGAAAUAUUCAGUAACUUCGUAAAGGUGAUAAAUAAAAGUUCAUAUAAAAAAGAAUAUAAUAUAAUAUUAAUAAAUAUGUCGUUACUUGCAUUAAAAACAUAAAAUACACAUAAAAUAGCAAUUUCAAUGAAAAUACUAGAAAUAGUUUCUUCUGCUGGUUCUUUAUCAAAUUAAUACUCACGUUUUUUUUUAAUGAAAAUAUGUUUUUAUAAUUUAAUUUCAGCCUCAGUUUUUUUACUUUAGUAAAAUAAACAAAGUUGCAUUUUUUCACUUUUUAAUUAAAAAUGGUUUUAUUAGAAACUCUAAAGUGAUGACGAAAAUAAUCAAAAAAUCGACUAAUAAUAAAUUAAAGAAGAGCUUUUGAUUUCUUUAAUUGUUUCAGCCUUAUAUUUUAGAUUAGAAAAUCCUUAAAAAAUCCAUUAAUAAGCUUAAUAAUAAGUUUUUUUGGAAAUACUUGAUAUAUCUUAUAGAAUUAUAAAUUGGAAAUAUUAAAUAAAACAAUCCCCAAAUGAUACUUAUAAUAAAACAAUUAACCUUUCAAUUGAUUUAUAUUUAGUUUUAUUAGAAGAAAGCUUUGAGUCUUUAAACGUUUCAUUUUUAGUUAUUAGGCUAAAUGAAUUAAUUAAAAGAAUUAAUUUAAGUGAAAUCAAUUUCUUUCCGAAAAUAAAACUUCUUUAUUUGAUUUGUAAGAAAUAUUCAAGCUUAUUACUAAAUAAUAAUUUAGAACAAAUCAAUUAUAAUUUAAUUAUUUAAGAUUUCCAAAAUUUUUUAAAUUAAAAAUGUAGUUCUUCCAUCUUUUUUGAAAAAGCCUCUUUUUAAGAAAUAAAUCGCUUUUUGACUUGUUUCGAGUAUAUUUUUAAAAUUUUUUUUUUUUUCCAAUUAAAAUUCCCUCUUUUAAAAGAAAUAAUAAUGAACUAUCUUUUAAAUUUUCGUUAAUAACUUGACUAACUUCUUGUUUCUAAAUAAAAACAGCUAAUUUUCCAGCCUAUAAUAAAUGCAAUAAUUGAACACACAAAUUUACUCCAAAAAUACAUUUUAGAAGAAGAAGAGGAAUAACUAAGUUUAAAAAUAGACUCGAAUCUAAAAAUUUCUAGAGAUUUUUUAGAAAACACAAACACAGAAUUCGAAAAGAAUGAAAACCCGAUGAAAUAUAUUUCUUUUAACAAUCUUUGCUAAACCUCUUAAAAAAAUUCAGAAGAUGAAAAAUAAAUGGAAUUAUCAAACGCCAAUUUAAAUUUAUUCACAAAUCCUAUAUUAAUAACUGGGAUAAACGAUUUUAUAUAAAUAAUGACUUCUCACUCUAUAUUUCCUUACAAAAAUCUACUUUCAAUAAAUUUAAGAAUAUUUAAUUCUACUCAAUUUAAAUUAGAUAAUUUAAAAAUCAAAAUAAUUCAUUCAAACUCAUUAUCUCUUUUUCCCAUUAAUUCCUCAGCGAAUCCUUCUGAAAUUCUCAUUGAAGAAUUAAAUCCAAUUAAUGUUAAAAAUUUAAGUUUUUGUCUAAAUGUUAAUUAAGUAGAAUCUUUAUUUAUUACUUUUGAAAUUUAACUUCUGAAUGAUAUAAUUUUUAAAACAAUACCUUAUAAAGUACCUUUGAUUCAUUUUCUUAUCCCAAAUUAUAUUAAUAUUCUUAGUAAGAAUUUAUUCCUUUCUAUUUAUUCGAGUUUGCCUAGUCUUUAUUAAACUAAAGCUUAUUUAUAUGUAAAAUUAAAUAGACUUAUCAAAAUAUUAAAUUAAUCAUAAUUUUCAGCUUUUGUUAUAGAAGGAAUGGAUUUCUAAACAGCUUCUGAAGCUUUUUUUUCUUAAAAAAAAACGUUCUUUUGUAAAACGAAGAUCAUAACGAUCAAAAUGUGA